AUGACCAAGGCUCCCUUCUCGGUGGAGUGGCUCUCCCAGAGCAGCCAAGCCACCAACCACGCCCGGAGCAGGGAAGGAGUCAGCCCAGCCGCGUCUUCGGCCUUCCCCGACGGCAUCCCGACCCAGCAGAGAGAGCCUCCGCCUAACUGCCGGCCUGCCGGGAGAGAACGAAGGCCGGUCGGGGAAAAAGUCGUUCCCAGGGGCCACGAACCGCCUUCUGAACACCUCCCUUCGCUCCAGAAGAAAGUGGAUUCCUCCUCGACGUCAGCAGGUACUACUUCUCUAGCAGUCUCCGAUUCAUGGAGGAGAGGCUAUCAAUUUGCCUUCACUAUACUCUACUUCCAAUUUGUGUCCUGAUUGAUACCAGCUGCUGGGAAACGGAGGUGGGGAGAACGCUAUUGAGCUUCCCAUGGUCAUCUGGUUGGCUACUGUUAAGACCAGGACGCCGGACUUGCUGGGCCGCUGGCCUGAUCCAGCACGGCUCUUACUGUCUUUAUAAGUCUUUUCCAUUGAUCUCCGGGUUUCUAAACUCGCAAUUCCUCGGAAGCAAGUGCCCCUGCUGUUGCUUUUUUUCGACGGAAUAAUGCAACUUUGGGGAAGGGCGAAUCCUAAUACUCUCUAGAGUCUAGCCGGACCUUCCAACGUGGGGAAUAUUGCCCGUCGGGGCGCGAAGGGGUUUUCUGGGGACGCUGGUUCGAAAGCCUAGGAGGUUGGAAAGGCGGCUUCAACAUUAAUAAUGGGGAGGCGAGACACUGGCUCGGUUUUCCUAACAAUCGAGCACGGAAUAGAGUAUAGGCCACUUACUAUUUUCCGAUUUCCCGGUCACUGAUCAGGUCCUUUGCUUCCUUUCAAUUCCUUUGACAAGGCCGAACUGCGAAAACCAUUGAUCGCAAGCCGCUUUCCCUAAAACCCAUCUGAGCCCUUCUUUCCGCCUGGAAAUAGUGGCCUGUGUUUCCACCACUAUCUGUCAAACUAAAAGCCAACUUUGCGGGGGAAGACCUGGCUGAAAUAUAUCCCGAUCCUGUGCGGGAAGUCCUAACCAGCUCUAUAAGACUUAAUCACCCAGGUGAAACUCUUACAUCAAAUGGCAAGCUCAGGUGUAGGAAUCAUAGAAUCAUUGACUUGGGAAGGUCACUUGGCCCAACGUGGAGGCUCUUGAGAUUAAAAGUCUCAUGCUCUUAUCAACAAACUGCCCAGGGCAGGGUAAGGGAAUCGCGACUGUUGGUGUGGCGGUUCAGACCCUUUGCAACUUCCUCCCACCAGUCGGUCACCUCUUUUAUUAUCUUUUCGGCAUCUAUUGAAGUCCUUUCUCUUUUAACAAGUCUUUUAAGUGGAGAUCUCCCCACCCCCAGUCUUCUCUGCAUUGGCCUAGAAGUCGCUUGUGUGUGUUGUUAUUGAUGUUUUUAUUGUGAAAUAGUUCGGGGUUUUCAAAGAGAGCGAUUGAUAGAGCAAAAUAAAAUAGAGGAUAAUGGAAGUGUUUUCCCGGUGCUGUGAAUGAACGGCGCUAAAACUGCAAUGCGAUUCAUACUUAUAUUGGGAGUAAGUUCUCUUCAGUGCAAUGGGGCUCUUUUUUUAUUAGACAUGCAUGUAGGCUGGACGUAUGAGCCGGAAAUAGCUGAGCCCAGCUUACUGCCCUAGGAUUUUGGGGGGAUAAAACAUCAGUUUCUCCCAACGUGGGAAAAGUGUUCCUUUAUCCUAACCUACCCGCUAUUGAUUUCCACGGUGGGCGUGUCCCUGACCAUCUGGCUUUUGUCUCUUCUUUCUGCCAGAGGCGUCUGAGGCUCCCAAGCGGACGUGGAGUGCAACGGAGGGCAGCUCAGACGGCGAAGGGAGCCUUUCGGAAGGCCAGACCCCAGAAGACGGCAGCGGCAGUAGAAGCACCAACAGCCGCCGCUUGCGCACCGCUUUUAGCGUGGAGCAGAUCAGCACCUUGGAGAACUCCUUUAAGCGUCACAGGUACUUGGGCGCCGCAGAGAGACGCAAACUGGCCAGUAAGAUGCAACUCUCCGAAGUGCAGGUAAGCGACCAGACUGGCUCAACUCCUGACAAACUCAGAGAGACCCUAAAAUGGCUAUUAUACUGAGUAAAAGACAAUAAAAUAAUCUAGCUACUUUUGGGGAGGCAGGUGGGUAUGGGUGUGUGCAUGAGAGAAUUUCCUUGACGGACUUCUAGUUAACUUUAAACAAUUCUUACUGCAUUUUAUAUUCUGCCUUUCCUCAAGCAUGAGGUUCAAGGUCUUCACCCACCACCACCAAAAGAAUGACAACCUGGAAAUGACAUGGUGGUUUGGGAAAUUUUAAAGAAGCAGAAUGAUUUCAACAUAAAAGUGGUUGAGUGAAGGAGAAUGCUCUGUUGACCAAUGAAGGGCUCCUCCAUUAGUUCAUCCACUUCUCUCUCUCUCUCCUGUCCACAGAUCAAGACUUGGUUCCAGAACCGACGGAUGAAACUGAAGCGUCAGUUGCAGGAGAUGAGACCUGAAUCUUUCAGCGCAGUGCCAUUUUACAGCCCCCUACCUUUUGGACCUCAGAGUGGGCCUGUGUCCUAUGUUUACUCUCCACACCAGCAUACUUUCGCUGGGAGGGAAGCGGUUCCUUCUGGCAUCCCCUUUCCUCCAAUGCCAACUCCAACUCUGGAUCCCAGAAGCAACUCUGGAGGGCAACCUGGUGCUCUCUGGCCAAUGCCCAUGCCCUACUUCAUAGGAUGCCAGGACCCUAGAACUGUCUUCCUGCCCCUCUGA